AUGGCAAAGGAUAAAAAGGCCAAAAAGGCUGAACAGAAAGCGCGAGCUGCUGCAAAGCAAUCGAAAAAGGCCUCACAGAAGGAAAAGAAAGCCAAAGCCAAGGGGUUAAAUGAUGACAGUGAUGCGGAAGAUGUCGACCUCGACGCUGUGCUUGCUGCCUAUGCAGAGGAACAAGCGAAGUUUUUGAAAGUGACUGAGGUUGCGAGCGGUAUACCAUCCCCACGCUCUUCGGCAACCGUCAUUGCUUCGCCUUCGAAUCGUGGGGAGAUUUUCCUGUUUGGUGGAGAGUACUUUGAUGGAUCUCUCGCCACUUUCUACAACAAUCUAUAUGUAUACCUAAUUGAGAAAAACGAAUGGAGAAUGGUCACAAGCCCAAACAGCCCGCUACCUAGGAGUGGUCAUGCAUGGUGCCGUGGAGGAAACGCGGGAGGAAUAUACCUCUUUGGAGGAGAAUUCUCAUCGCCUAAACAAGGAACUUUCUACCAUUAUAAUGAUUUCUGGCACCUAGAUCCAUCUACCAGGGAAUGGACUCGUAUAGAGACUAAGAGUAAAGGCCCUCCUGCACGAAAUUUGCCCCAUCUUCUUGACCUUCAGAACUAUAUCAUUUUAUUUGGAGGAUUCCAAGACACCUCACAGCAGACAAAGUAUCUUCAGGAUGUUUGGCUCUAUGAUUGUCAGAAAUUCACCUGGUACAAUCCUGCCUUGCCACCAGCAACACAAAAACCUGAUGCUCGGUCUUCUUUUUCUUUCCUUCCCCACGAGUCGGGUGCGGUACUUUUUGGCGGCUACUCUCGUGUGAAAGCCGCAGUCAAGGUCAAUAAGGGGCAAAAGGGCGGAAGCAGUGCUCAGCGUGCAGUCCUUAAGCCAGUUAUCCAUCAGGAUACCUGGUUCUUACGCGUCACUCCUCCACCAGCGGACGCACCAUCAACUGCUUCACCUACCAUUCGAUGGGAAAAGAGGAAACGGCCGGUAAACGCGCCGAAUCCCCCGCGGGCUGGAGUGACGAUGGCUUAUCAUAAAGGUCGCGGAAUAUUGUUUGGUGGUGUACAUGAUGUUGAAGCGACGGAGGAAGGUAUCGAAAGUGAAUUCUUUGAUAAUCUAUUUGCCUGGAACAUUGAGAGAAAUCGUUUCUUCCCUCUUCCUCUCCGAGCUCCUAAAUCAGCGGGUAAGAAACAACAGGCUACUGAAAGGGCUAUGAAAUCACGCAACAAGGGGAAGGCGGACGAAGAAGAGUUGCUUCGUAAUCUAGCCUUAUUAGAAGCAAAAGCAAACCCAUCCAAAGCAGAAGCCGAAGUACAGGUAGAGACUAGAGAAAUUGAUGAAGAUGAGCCUGAAUCAGGAGGAAAGAAAUCGCUACCCGUUCGGCUUGAGAUGCCCCAUCGUCGAUUUAAUACGCAACUUACAGUCCAGGAAGAUACCCUAUUUAUGUACGGUGGCACUUUUGAGAGAGGAGAUCAGGAAUUUACGUUAUGUGAUAUGUAUUCCAUCGACUUGCUCAAGAUGGAUGGUGUGAGAGAAAUAUUCUACGAAGAGCCUGAGCACUGGAACGAUGCAAUUGCACCUGACAGUGACGAAGAAGAGGAUGACGAUGACGAGGAUGAAGAUGAUGAUGAAGAUGAAGACCUGGAAGGAGCCUCAUCCAUUGGGGCCCCGUCAACAGCUGCGACGGAGCUCACAGAACCUACCUCCAUGGAAAUCGACGCUGAGAAAGAAGAAGAGCCAGAACCAACCGUGGUUGACUCUCGACCUCAUCCUCGACCAUUUGAGAGUUUACGUGAAUUUUACAGUAGAAGUUCUACCGAGUGGCAGGAUAUUGUCCUGGCAAAGCUGAGAGAGCAAGAUAGUGGAGCGGAAAUGUCAGUCAAAGAACUUCGCAAGGUGGCUUUUGAUCUUGCGGAAGACAAAUGGUGGGAUUGCCGCGAGGAAAUCACCGCCCUUGAAGAUGAGCAGGCAGAGGCUGGAAUUGGAGAAGUAGUCAGCAUGGCUAGUAGAGGAGAUUCUGGUCCUCGCCGGCGAUAA